CGCAUGCGUGUGAUCGUCCUUGGGGGCGUGGCUUCGUGCCUGCUGGGGCAGGACGAGGGGACCCUGCGCAGGCGCGUAGAGUGCGUUGCUGUCGGUUCCUGGAGGGGCGGAAGCGGUUCGGCUCGCCAGCUACCAUCUCAGGAUUCUGCCCUUUCCAGCGAGAGACAUCUAGCCAGAGAGGAAUGCCUGGGUCAGCCCUGACGGAGCAUGAAGCAAUCAGUGACAUUCCGAGAUGUGGCCGUUGACUUCUCCCAGGAAGAGUGGUGGUUCCUGAACCCUGCCCAGAGAGAACUGUACACAGCUGUGAUGUUGGAGAAUUAUCAGAACCUGGUCUGGCUGGAGAGUGAGUCAAUAUGGGAGAGCAAGGAAUUAUCUCUAAGGAAGAAUAUAAAAGAAGAAACAUUCCAGCAUGAAAUAGUGAUGAAUAAAACAAGCAAGACAUGUAAAGAAUAUGAAGAAACUCCCUUCACCAAUACAUAUCUUAUUAUCUGUCAGAAAAUUCUUAAGGAGGAGAAGUGCUGCCAGUGUCACGAGUGUGGGAAAUUCUUCAGUCGCCGCUCAACUCUCAUUCGACAUCAUAGAAUCCACACAGGAGAGAGACCCUAUAAAUGUACUGAGUGUAGGAAAACCUUCUAUGAGAGGGCACACCUUAACCAGCAUGAGAGAAUUCACACGGGUGAGAAACCCUACGAAUGUAAAGACUGUAAGAAGACCUUCAGUCAGAAGACUCACCUUACUCGGCACCAGAGGACACAUACCAGAGAAAAAUUCCACGAGUGCAGUGAGUGUGGAAAGGCCUUCAGCCGCUCCUCAGCCCUUAUUGACCACCAGAGAAUUCAUCGUGGAGAGAAACCCUUUGAAUGUAAGGACUGUGGCAGAGCCUUCACUCAGAGUUCACAGCUCAUUCGACAUCAGAAAAUUCAUUCUGGAGAAAAACCCUAUGAAUGCAGUAAGUGUGAGAAAUCCUUCAUACGUCCCUCUUCCCUGAUGGAGCAUCAGAGAAUUCACACUGGAGAAAAACCCUAUCAGUGUCAGGACUGCAAGAAGGCCUUUUGCCAUGUGAUGCAGCUCACUCUGCACAGGAGACUUCAUACGGGUGAGAAACCCUACGAGUGUCAGGAAUGUGGAAAAGCCUUUACCUCUUGGUCCCGUUUUGUUAUUCAUAGGAGGAGUCACAUGGGAGAAAGACCAUGAAUGUCACAUACGUGGGAAAACCUUCAGUAACCACUCCUUGCUCGUUACACAUGAUAGACACAAAGUGGAGUGAAACCCUUUGGAUGCCACGAAUGUGGGAAGGCCUUCAGAUACAGGUCACACCUCACUCGACAUAGGUGAAUUCAUGUUGGAGAAUAUUAACCAAAGCGAACUAGACUUGAAAAUGUUAAUAUUCUCAUUAUUUAACAGUUAAGAUCUUGGUUAUAAGUAGCAUAAAUUGACUUUGACCCUCUUAGAAAAGCAGUUUAUUCACACUGUCUCAAGAGCUCAUUGAAUGGAUGGGACAGCAAUGAAUCACCUUUGAAAGUAGAGAGGAACCACAGUAAAUCAGGUUUAGGAGCAGAAAGUGAAGCCAUGAUCCUAUGACCUGGAAGGCUCUGCCUCCUGCUCCUACACAGGUCCUGUGCUGCCACCACCACGAAUACGCAGUAGUGUUUUACAAAUGAAACUUUACUGGCCCUCAGUAAGUGUCACCUCGUGUCUAAUGUCCCGAAGCCAGGAUUACAAUGCUUGUGUCCUGAUUGCCGAAGGCUAGGCAAAGAGAUCAUCUCUUGGCUUUUGCUUCUGUCCUAACAGGAGAGACACUGUAUCCUACCCAGUUCAGACGCAAUGGAGAGCUCCCUUCAAAUGGGAGGGCCUCUGAUGUUGCCCAACGUGAAAGAAUGUGUAGCUACUGCUUAAUGCUUUGCAUCCUAAAAAUGGUGUCUAGAUAUGAUCCCAAGUCUAACUUUGAGUUAGCUGACCACAGUGUGCUUACCUGAGUUUUCUUCCACACUUCCUACAGUUGCUGUAUCUUGAGGAUCUCAUCACUGUUUAUUGCCUGUGAACAAGAAUAGAGAGAAGGCAGAGACUGACACAAGGGAACAUCACCAGGCAUAGAUAUAAGGGAUAGCCAAGAUAGAUGUUAGGGGUAGAUAUUCCUAAACUGAACACAUAGGAUUUUUUCCUUGAAUUUCUGUGAAAUGCACAUAUAAAAGCAUUUAUAAAGUAUGUGUGCUGGUUUAGAGAAGAAGAAUAAAUACAGUCGUGUCACUUAACAAUGGGGAUAUGUUCUGAGAAAUGCAUGGUUAGGCCGUUUUGUUGUCAUGUGAACAGCAUAGAGUGUACUUAUACAAAGCUGGAUGGCGUAGCCUACUACACACCUAGGCUCUAUGGCACAAUCUUAUGGGACCACCAUCAUAUAUAUGAUCCAUUGUUGACUGAGAUGUCAUGUGGUGCAUGGCUGUACUCAUAAACUCGCUAACCAAGCUAAGAUGGAAAAUAUUACCAACACUUUAGAAUCCAUGAGUGUCCUUGAAAUGCCGUUGGUUUUGAAUGGUUCUGAAGGCCAGAAGGGAUCUCAGGGAAAUGUUCUGUGGGCUGGGCUUUGAAAAAUGAGUAGGAGUUUUCAAAGACAAGUUGAGAAAGUACAUUCAAGUCAAAGGGGAAAGAACCUGCAGACUCGUGCUUGUGAAAGUCAAGAUACCUGGGAGUUUUGCUCCCCCAUAAGUUAUCAAUUACGUUGGAUUCUGUCCAGCAGUGUGCUCUGCCCCUUCCUUUAUUUUUCUCCAUAACCCUUAUUUUAUUCAUUUAUUAUACUAUGUAUUUAUUGUUUAUUGUUUGUCUUCCCAGUGCCAGAAUCUAAUCUCCACAAGGGCAAGAAUUUUCUCCAGUCCUUAGAAAAGUGCCUUAGAUGUUUUAGGUCAUUAAAUAGACACUUAUCAAGUAAACUGAUGAAUGAAUGAAUGGAAGGCCUUAGCUCAUCAACGUGAACUCAGGGUCUUUUUUAUUAUUAUUAUUAUUUUGAGGAAGAUUAUCCCUGAGCUAACAUCUGCUGCCAAUCCUCCUCUUUUUGCUGAGGAAGACUGGCCCUGAGCUAACAUCUGUGCCCAUCUUCCUCUACUUUAUAUGUGGGACGCCUACCACAGCAUGGGUUGCCAAGCGGUGCCAUGUCCGCACCCGGGAUCCGAACCAGCGAACCCCAGGCGGCCAAAGUGGAAUGUGUGAACUCAGGGUCUUGAUGUGAUUCUAUUGAAAGAAUCUCGUAUUGCUGUAAGCCUUGCAUCUCUUAUUGUUGUAGAAACUCAGAUAAGGGUCCCAUGGUUUUCCUAGUUACACCGACAAUUCAGUUUAUACCUGUGUGUGGUUGCUUCUGUGAUGUUUAGAGCAUUCAGUGAAAAAGACCAAGAUCGUUGUUAGUGGAAUAGGUAUGUUUGUCAGGAUUCAGAGGAUUUAGAGAGCUUUUCAGCCCCAGUGUCUAGCUGGUCCUGAGCUGAAGGAGCCCUGCUUCUCCUUGUCUAUCCCCACUGCCUGCCUGGCUGGUAAUCAAAAUCUGAUUGAAAUUUUUCCCAGAGUUUGAUUUGUGGAAGGAUAAUAAAGGAAGAUAGAAAUGACACUCAAUAUCAUCAUUAAAAGCAUUCACUAAGAUUUCUCACCCUAAUCAAGGAAAUGUUUAUGAACAUCGGUUUGAAGGUGCUUCUCCAAACUAAGUAGAUCAAACUUCUGGUUUAGCAAAAUAUGUUGACAUGGAUUAAAUCAGGAGAGGUUAUUACAAUUUCUGGAGUGACUGGUGUAGAUGUGCACCAGAUAAUAUAUAUGGUAUUAAAUGAGAUGAUGACAGACAUCUGUUUGCACACCGUCGUGACAGGACUUGAAAAUGUUCUACAAAUUGCUGGGCUGGAGUGGAUGAGCCAAUGGAAUUCCUGUGGACCUUGGCCUGAAGCACGCUAGAUCCCUUAAAAAGCACUUUCUUGCAGAGGAACUGUUUCUGGAAGGAGACCUCUGAUCUCACUUCCUCUGCUUGGGUGAGGUGACGUCACUACACAGGGUUGAUGCAUAUUGGCAAUUGAUGACCCAUGUAACCAAGACGCAAAUCAAAAUAAAUAUUCAUCACUCCUUCAUAUCGCCACCCUCGGAGGAAACUGCUUUGUUGUUUUUAUCGCAAAGGUUUCUUCUUUUGCCUCUGUUUUUUCCUUCUUAGACCUGGAAUCAAGCAGGCUGGUUGGUUUGUUCACUUGCUUUGGCGUAUGUGGCUUCCCUCACUCUCCAUAAUGUUUUUGAGAUUCCCUAAUGCUGUGUCUUUCAGUAGCGUUUUCUUUCCCGAGUGGUAUUCCAUCAUGUUAAUGGAAUACUCCAUUCUCCUGUUGAAUAAGACAUUUGGUUCUUUCUGGAUGUUUGAAUUAUGAAUAAAGCUUCUAUGAACGUUUUUGGAUAUAA